AUGUCGGUGUUGGUCAAUGGUAGUCCUUCGAAGGAAUUUGUGAUGGCGAAAGGUUUAAGACAAGGGGACCCUUUAUCGCUGUUUCUUUUUGUGCUAGUUGCGGAGGGUUUGAAGGGUUUGGUUAGUAAGGUCGUGGACAAUGGCGAGUAUGUAGGUUUUAAUAUUAAUAAAGCUUGUUGUGUAGAUAUUCUAAAAUUUGCGGAUGACACUUUAAUGGUGGGAGUGGGAAGUUGGAAGCAAGUUUGGACGAUCAAAGCUAUUUUAAGGGGUUUUGAGAUAGUAUCGGGGCUUGGGAUUAAUUAUCACAAGAGUAAGCUUAUUGACAUCAAUGUUAGUGACAACUUCUUGGACAUUGCUUCUAAUUUUUAUCUUGUAGAAGAGAGGAAAAAGAUUUCAUUUUCCUUGGCUCCCGUGAAAGUUUUAAAUGAAAUUACAAGGUUGCAAAGUAACUUUCUUUGGGGAGAAACGGUGGAAGGUACGAAAAUUCAUCGGGCAAGUUGGAUGAAUGUUUGUCUUCCUAUCGAGAAGGGUGGUCUUGGGUUGAGAAGAAUCCGCGAUUUUAAUUUUUCUCUUCUUCACAAAUGGAGAUGGAGAAUUUUAGGAGGUUUAGAAGCUUUAUGGUACAAUGUUUUGAAAGCUAGAUACGACGAUAUUAAUUUACAUGUGGUGUUUAAUGGACUUAUUUCCGGAUGCAUUUUUAUUGUUGGAUUGAAGUGUGUGGCGGUGGAGGGAAUGGGCGAAUGGGUCAACAAAUUUUGGGAGUGGGAUGAGUUCGGCAUCCCAAACGGUAACAGCCUGGCAGCUGCUACUGCAGUGUAG